AUGGCGGCUUCCCUGGUAGGCUGCCAUCGGCCGGCAUUGGGCUUCACCCUCGGCUUUCGAGCAGCCAGGUCGUUGUUUCCUGCACUGGAUUCCGUCGCCAGCCGGGUUCCCCCAUGGUCAGGCCGUUUGCAGAGUACUGGACCUGCGGAACCUGGUGCCUUCAGGCCGCCUCCCAAACCCGUGAUCUCGGAUAAACGCCGCCCGCGGGACGAAAGCAGGUUUUUGAGUCCUGAAUUCAUUCCUCCAAGGGGAAGAACAAAUCCUCUGAAAUUUAAAAUAGAAAGAAAAGACAUGUUAGAAAGAAGGAAAAUACUUCACAUUCCAGAGUUCUAUGUGGGGAGUAUCCUCCGUGUUACCUCGGCUGACCUGUAUGCCAGUGGCAAAACCAACCAGUUUCUGGGCAUUUGUAUUCAGAGAUCAGGAUCAGGACUUGGAGCCACUUUCAUUCUUAGAAACACUAUUGAAGGACAAGGUGUUGAGAUUUGUUUUGAACUUUAUAAUCCUCGGAUCCAGAAGAUCGAAGUGGUCAAGUUAGAGAAGCGUCUGGAUGAGAGUUUGCUGUACUUACGGGAUGCCCUUCCUGAGUAUAGCACUUUUGAUGUGAACAUGAAGCCAGUAGCAUAUGAACUUAACCAAGAAGUUCCUGUUAAUCAGCUGAGAGUGAAAAUGAAGCCCAAGCCCUGGUCUAAACGCUGGGAACGUCCCAACUUUAAUAUUAAAGGCAUCAGGUUUGAUCUUGCUUUAACUGAAGAGCAAAUGCAAGAAGCUCAGAAGUGGAGUCAGCCGUGGCUUGAGUUUGAUAUGAUGAGGGAAUAUGAUACCUCUAAGAUCGAGGCUGCAAUCUGGGAAGAAAUUGAAGCAUCAAAGAAGUCCUGAUUCUUAUGAUGAGACUGGUUAACAUCUGAGGAUGUUCUGACUUUCUAGAGAGCAAAACAUUAAUUUCUCAGAGGACAAUCAUAACAUCAAGAAACAUUCUUCAACUUAUUAGGCUUUUAUUUUAUUU